AUGUUAUUGUUGAUUAUCGCCACUGUUUUGGGCGCUUCAACAGCUCAAGAAGCUUUGGCCGAUCCCAGAUGCAACGAAUGGUUAGACCCCGGAGAAUGCAACAACUUCACAGUCAAAUGGUAUUAUGACCGUUACGACCACCGAUGUCGUGAAUUCUAUUACAGUGGGUGCGGGGGAAAUACUAAUAACUUCAAUAGCAUCGAAGAAUGUUCUUCAUCAUGUUUCUUCCGAGAGCCUGAACGUACCGAUCGUUGUCAAUUACCUCAUGAUCCAGGUCACUGCCAAAGUGACAUCGAACGAUGGUAUUUCGACUACAGUAAGAAGCAAUGCGUUUGCAGCUGGUGGUCUGGCUGUGGUGGAAAUGAAAAUCGUUAUUAUUCUUAUAAUCAUUGUAUGGAAAUUUGUGGAACUUUAGCCUCACCAGGAAUCGGACCUGGGAUCGACUGGGCUUAUUGGGGACGACAAAAUGGGCCGUCAUUGUCACCAGAAGUUCUUCAACUGUUUGGAUACACGCAAGACACAGUCAACGAAGUGAGGAAUGGAGGACAGCAACCGUCAUAUCACAAUCAACGUGUGCAGCAGCCCUUGCAACAGCCUGCUACUGAGUUGGAAGUCAUUCAUCAUCAGAAUCUUUCGGAAUCUGUCAACUCACAGGAAAGGACAGCUGUUACUGAUCAUCAGAGAGAUCAAGCUUUAGAAGUACAUCCGGCUGUUCCAUAUAAUGGGUACCAGUUGAAUGAAGGAUCUACUUAUGCCGAGUUGAAAACUAGCCCAGAAGAAAUAAUCUUCCAGCCUGGAGAAUGGAAGAACACUACAGACGAACAUGGAAACAAUAUAUUCCAGUUCAGUUCAAACCCCCAAGUUACAGUUUCGGAGAGCGGACGUACUACAACAAAUCGGAGUGUUCUUGUUAUCAUGCAUCCACCGAACCAAGAAAGAGUACAACAAAACGUGCAUCUGCCAUCGUACCUACCGAGCGACUUUAUGAACCAGAAUAAGAGAGUGCAGGCUGAGAUUUUGAGGAAAAGGGCCAAGUACUUGAAAAAACAGAAAGUUCCUCCGAGACAGAUAUAUCCUCAAACAUCAAGCAGAGUAACAGAGCAACAGCAACAGUUAAAUGAGCAGCCACAACAAUACUACUAUCAGCCAGUUCAAUAUUCGCAACCGUCACCAAAAGAGAAAUACUUCUUUAUCCGAUACAACUUGCAGCCAGAUGGCCAAGCCCAGUAUUAUGAAAAGCUUUCUUGGAGUGGACUCAAGACUAACCCUUUAAUUGGUUUGCCUGUACAAUAUCAUCGUAUGGUUCUCGAUACUUACAAUGAAGCUGAACGUCGUUCGCCUCAAAUAGGAUAUCAGCAACGAUUAGCCCCUCAAAAUUAUCCAAGUAACAGUCAUUCUCGUAACAACAUGUGGACGCCUGCCGUCCCUGCUAAUACUUUGAGGAAUGGCUACAGACAACAACCACGCAUGCAUAAUUCUUUUGUACGUCCAACCUACCCAACAUUGCCGGUCACACCUGCGGCGAGAACUACAUUGUCAACUCCAAAAGCUCCAUUAAGUAGACCGACUUUUACAACCACGACAACAACAACAACUACCACGACCCCCAAACCAAUCACAACAACUUCACCUUAUAUUACAACUAUCCCUCCAAGAAAGGCUUGGCCAACUCCAUCGCAAAACUUUCCAACUCACACUUAUCCUCGUUAUGAGACAACUCCUCUGCCUCGACCAGUGUUAACCACAGUUAAGCCCAUGGAGGAUUUGAGACCCAGACCUACUGUCUCUUCGAAACAACUGACGAUGGAAGAAAUAAUCGAAUUGGACGCGUCCAAGCAUGGUGAUGAAGAAUAUGAUGAUGACGUGCCUGGUCAGUUUUUCCGAAUGGCUGUAAAGACCACGAAACCUCCCAGAACUACUCGCGUUCCAAUAUUAGCGCCUACUUCAUCACCAAGAAAAAGCAAUAGGCCUGAUAAUAAUGCUGGCUCAUGGAAACGUAUUGUUCUACCACCUACAGAGGAGGAAGCAUUUGAUUUCGAAAUUAAUGUAGUUGGUGAAUAG